GAAGAUCAACUCUGUGAAGCAAUGUCUAGUUGAACUGAACAAAUUCAGACAAAAGGAUGCUGAAACUCUUGAAAAUUACUAUGAUCGUUUGAAUGAGCUUAUGUUUCACUGCAAUAGGUAUGGAAUCACUAGGUCUCUCAUGGAGUUCAAUUUAACUUUCAUUAUGGGUCUUCGCAAGGAAUGGCGAAGUGUAAGCAUGAUGAUUAAGAAUCAACAGAGUUUUGAUACAACUCAUUUGAAUGAUCUCUACAAUCAACUGAAAAUACAUGAAAUUGAAGUUUCAGAAAUGUAUGAAGAAUCAAAACUGAGUAUUGGAGGUCUUUUGGCUCUAGUUUCAAAGGUAUUUGAAGUUGAUGUGAAUGAAAAAGAUGAUUCAGAUAAUGAAGGAUUUCUGAUGAAUUCGGAUGAUGAAGCUGUGGCAUUCUACUCAAACAAUAGAGUUAAUUUUUUUUCAAGAAGUCAUUUAAUCCAAAAGGAAAGGCUACUGAUGUGAAGAGUGGAGUCACAAAAACUGGAGGAGAGGAGAGGAAGAAAAUGGAGAAAGCUGAGGAAAAACCAAAAGAUGCGAAAGAAGUAAAGAAGCUGAAGGGUGACUCAGGAAUUUACUGUCACUAUUGCAAUGGUGCGAAUCACUUUGCAGCCGAUUGCAUGUUGCGAAAGAAAGAAGAAAAAAAGGAGAAAAUUAAAGAUGAAGCAUACUAUUCUGAAAAGAUUGAAGAGAUACGUGCUAAGACCAAAGGAGUGUCUUUGGUUGCGAAAGGUGAAACUGAUGAUGAAAAGAGUGGUACGUAUCAGAUUUGGUCUUCAGGAUCUGAUGAUGAGGAAAUGAGGCAUCCCACACAUGGAGCCAUGCUCGCAAGUUUUGAAAAUUGCGAAGAGGAAAUUUCAGGGAGGUGCUUCGUAUCCAAAUCCACGGACAAAUCACCCAUGACCACCAAGUACUGAAGCUCAAAAAAUAAAUAUGCAACUAGGAGAGGCACGAAGAGAAUUAGAAAUAAAAAGAAGCAGAAUAGACAAACUUGAAUUACAGCUCAAAAAUGUAAAUUGUGAUAGGGAUAAUCUUAGAAAUGAUGUUAGGUUAUUGCUUGCACAAAGGAACAUAUAUUGUAAUUCAGCCAAAAGAUUGUAUGCAAAAUUAACUGC